UUGAUUGGCUGAUGAGUGGCAGCUCACGGCAGAACUGCAGGGGAUGCGGGGGAGACCUGCUUGAUUUCUUGUGUCAAGUGAACCACGUGUACCUGAAUAUGAAUGUAAGGAAGGUGGAAAAAAGUGUUUUGAGUGUUGAGCAAGGAGAAGGAGUCGGUGCUCGGGUUCGCAGAAGCAUUGGCAGGAAGGAACUAAGAAACCUGGAUCCUUUCCUGAUGCUGGAUGAGUUUAAAGUGAGCAAGCCGGCAGGCUUUCCCGACCAUCCUCACAGAGGAUUUGAGACGGUCACGUAUGUUUUAAAAGGGAUCACAGCCCACGAGGACUUCUGUGGCCACUCAGGGAACCUGAGACCUGGAGAUCUACAGUGGAUGACUGCAGGACGAGGAGUGGUCCAUGCUGAGAUGCCUGUGUCAGAUGAGCCGGUGGUGGGCCUACAGCUGUGGGUGAACCUGUCAAAACGGGAAAAGAUGGUGGAACCGGCCUACCAGGAACUUAAGGGCUCCGAAAUCCCCAAACCCAGCCAGGGAGGAGUAACGGUCGCUGUAAUAUCUGGAGAGGCUUUAGGAGCAAAGUCUAAAGUCUAUACAAGGACACCAACUUUGUACCUGGACUUCAAAAUGCAGUCCGGGGCCGUGCACGUGCAGCCAGUCCCUUCAGGAUGGACAGCCUUCAUCUAUACUCUAUCAGGAAGAAUUCAUGUUGGGCCAGAUCAGGAGCAGCAGCAGGUGGAGCCCCACCACACCGUGGUCUUCAAAGACGGAGACUGUGUCAAGUUUGAAAACAAGAGCUCUGACGUUUCCCAUUUUGUCCUCAUUGCUGGAGAGCCGAUCAACGAACCUGUGGUACAACGCGGUCCAUUUGUGAUGACCACAGAAGAGGAGAUCACACAGGCUGUCAAUGACUACCAGAAUGGGAAAAACGGGUUUGAAAGGGCCAAAAAGUGGAGGUCCAAAAUCAGAAAUGAUUUGUGAUCACGGACUGCACAUAUACAUAUGUAUGGAGAUUUU